AUGGAGAUGUUCAACUCAGCUUUGGGGAGAAACAUCACACUUGUUCGUCCCGCUUAUUUCUUCAUCGGCGGCUUUGUGGGUGUUCCCAACAUCAAGUACUACUACGUGUUCCUCUUGAUCGUUUACGUGGUGUGCGUGCUGGGCAACAGCCUGGUGAUGGUAGUCAUCGUUGUGGACCACAAGCUGAGGUCGCCUAAAAACGUGGUGGUGUUCAACUUGGCGUUCACAGACCUCCUGACCAGCACUGUGCUGGUGCCCAAAGUUCUGGACACCUUUAUGUUGGAGCACCGCGCCAUCGCCUACAACGACUGCUUGGCCUUCGUGUUCUUCUACUUCUCCUGCCUCUCCAUGCAAUCGCUCAACCUGGUGGCACUUGGCUGCGACCGCACGGUGGCCAUCCUCUUGCCGCUGCGCUACCAGCAGGUUGUCACCAUCAGGUCUGCGCGACUCCUGGUGGCCGCCCUGUGGCUCUACGCCAUCACACUGGCUCUGAUGGCCGCGGGCCUGCUGACGCGACUGUCCUUCUGCAGGUCAGUGGUCAUCAACAGCUACAUCUGCGACCACGGGCCCAUGUACAGGCUGGGCUGCAAUGACAUCACACCCAGCCGGGUCAUAGCAGGCCUGUCGACAGCUCUCGUCCUCUGGGUCCCCCUGGUGAUCAUCCUGUCUAGCUAUGUCUUCAUCGGCUACACUCUAACCAGGAUCUCCACGCCCCAGGAGCGUAUCAAAGCCUUGAAGACGUGCUCGGGACAGCUGUCCCUGGUGGCCGUCUUCUACUUGCCCAUCAUUUUUGUGUACCGCUUCGGGUGGACCAUCCACCCCAACGCCAGGAUCAUCAACCUGUCCCUCACCGCCGUCCUGCCCCCCCUCUUGAACCCCAUCAUCUACACAUUGCAGACACAAGAGAUCAGAAAGUCUGUCAGAAGGCUGCUCAGAGGCAACAAAAUCGCUGCUUAA